AAGGAAUUGGUAGUGUGUUAGUUUGUUGCAAGAAUAUUUCGAAGGCGCAAAUUAGAAUGGUGUCUGCUGCUACUCUUCUGCUACCAAAUGAGGAAGUGAAGAAGAAAAUAAAGGUGGAAGUGAACGAGAAUGUGAAGACGAAGGACAGAGACCUCGCCCAUAUCAAGGAGUGGCUACGGAAGCAGCCGCAUUUACCUGAUAAAUGGGAUGACGAGCGGCUCAUAAACUUCCUCCGCGGCUCCAACUUCUCUCUGGAGAAGUGCAAGACGAAGCUGGACCUUUACUUCACCAUGAGAGCAGCCUGUCCAGAGUUCUUCACAAACCGUGACGUCACAAGGCCAGAAAUUGCCAGGAGUUUGUCAAAAAUCCAAGGAGCCCCCCUGCCAGUUCUCACUCCAAAUGGCCUACGAGUAAAUUGUUUUAGAGUAAUGGACGAGAACCUUGACUCCAGCUUCGUGUCCAGCUUGCUCAAACUUAGCCUGAUGCUGGGCGAUGUCCGGCUGAAGGAGGAGGCGGAGGGGGUGGCGGGGGACGUGUACGUGAUGGACGUGGCGCCCCUCUCCCCCGCACACCUCACCCUGCUCUCCCUGACCACCAUCAAGAAGUACCUGAUAUGUGUGCAGGAUGCGUACCCAGUGAAGCUGAAGGAGAUCCACGUCGUGAACAGCAACCCCGUCAUCGACGUCGUGUUCAACAUGGUCAAACCGCUCGUCAAGGAGAAGAUACGGAAUAGGAUCUUUUUCCACUGCAGCGUUGAUGGUCUAACAAAAUACAUACCGAAGGACAUCCUACCUGAAGAGUUCGGAGGAUAUGGAGGCUCUCUACAGGAAAUGCACAAUGCGUGGGAAGAAAAACUAAAGACAUACACCAAAUGGUUCAAGGAACAGGAGUCAAUAAAGGCCAUAGAAACCCUUAGACCCGGCAAACCCAAAAACUACGACGAAAUACUUGGCACAGAAGGCUCCUUCAGAACGCUAUCUAUAGAUUGAGCAAUUUUAUAGUAAUUUU